AUGCAGUACGCCAAGGUGACGCAGGCUCUGGCCAGAGUCAAUUUGGAUAAACUGAUCCGCAUCAAGUUUGCGCCCAAAAGAUUAAGAUUCACAAAAGCAUCAAAACAGGAGAAAGGCGAAGAGGCGCCAAAGUUUUGUCCCCUAGUUGAUCAUGAAGUGGACGUGAUAAGCCAUGCAGAUAGCAUUGGCAAAAAGAUCUUCAUCGAUUUUGAGAAUACACAGGAGGCGUACAGGAGCAAAGACACACUUGAACUGUUGCGAAGUUUGCUCGUGUUUAAACUCUGCGCGUUUGACUUUCUCGUGGAUAAGAACAAGGAGCUAAUGGACUGGAGUAGAAGAAUUUUAGGUCAGCACCUUUUUGGGAAGUUGAUGAAGAUGACAUUCUAUGGGCAGUUUGUAGCAGGAGAAGAUCAGGAUGCUAUUAAGCCCGUGAUGCAAAAGAAUCAGGCUUUUGGUGUGGGUUCAAUUCUGGACUACAGUGUAGAGGAAGACCUCACACAGGAGGAAGCUGAGAAAAAGGAGAUGGAUUCCUGCAUGUCUCAGGUUGAAAAGGAAAGCAAUGGUACUGACCAUCAUGAGGAGAAAUACAAAGCCCAUCAUCAUUUUGAUCGGUGUGGUGGUGUGAUCAGUGCUCGUACAUACUUCUAUGCUGACGAGACCAAGUGUGACCAUCACAUGGAGACUUUUAUCAAAUGCAUCAAAGCAUCUGCCGGCAGCUCUGCUGAUGGGUUUUCAGCUGUUAAGAUGACAGCUUUGGGUCGACCACAGUUUUUGCUGCAGUUUUCUGAAGUGCUGGUAAAAUGGAGGCGAUUCUUUAAAUGGCUUGCUGCUCAGCAAGGGAAGGAUGGGAUGGAUGUUUUGGAGCAGAAACUUGAGCUUGAGCCGCUACAGGAAACAUUGACUAAACUGGGUGUGGCAUCCAAGAAUGACAUUGAAAACUGGCUUAGUGGGGAGAAACGGGGCUUAUCUGGGACUAUUGACUUGUUGAACUGGAACAGCCUGAUAAAUGACAGAACUAAAAUUUCAAAUCUGCUUGUAGUGCCCAACGCGAAGACACAUUAUCUGGAGCCUCUACUGAGCAGGUUUAAUGAUGAAGAAGAGCAACAGAUGAAAAGGAUGCUGCAGAGAAUGGACCAUCUAGCUAAGCAUGCUAUUGAGAAUGGGGUGAGACUGAUGGUGGAUGCUGAGCAGACAUAUUUCCAGCCAGCGAUCAGCAGACUGACUCUAGAGAUGCAGAGGAUAUUUAACCUGCACACACCCAUCAUCUUCAACACCUACCAGUGUUACCUCAAAGAGGCCUACGAUGAUGUGACAAUGGAUAUGGAGCUGUCACGGCGGGAGGGCUGGUAUUUUGGAGCAAAAUUGGUUCGUGGCGCUUACAUGCAUCAGGAGAGACAGAGAGCAGUUGAGAUUGGUUACAAGGAUCCAAUUAACCCUGACUAUGAGUCUACAAACACAAUGUACCACAGGUGUUUGGAGUAUAUUCUGAAGGAAAUCUGCCACAACAGGGUGGCUAAUGUCAUGGUGGCAUCACACAAUGAAGAAACGGUUAAAUUCACGCUGAAAAGAAUGAGUGAGAUGGGACUUUCUCCCAGGGAAAACAAGGUUUAUUUUGGCCAGCUGCUGGGAAUGUGUGACCAAAUCAGCUUCCCUCUAGGUCAAGCUGGCUUCCCUGUGUAUAAAUACGUGCCAUAUGGCCCAGUGAAUAAGGUGAUCCCAUACCUGUCUCGCCGCGCCCAAGAAAAUCGUGGCUUCAUGAAAGGCUCACAGAAAGAGCAACUGCUGCUUAGGAAAGAAAUAAAACGCCGACUUCUAAAUGGCCAGCUCUUCUACAAGCCAGUUUACUAAAUCUUUUCUCCUGUUGUUUUAAAGCGUGACGUAAUUGAUCUCUUUCUCACUCACACACACAUGGUGUCUUAGGGGUAGCUCAGUGGUAAGGCAUUGGACUACGGUUUGGAAGAUCCCAGGUUCAAACCCCACAACCACCAAGUUGCCACUGUUGGGCCCUUGAGCAAGGCCCUUAACCCUCAACUGCUCAGAUGUAUAAUGAGAUAAAAAUGUAAUCUGGAUAAGAGCGUCUGCCAAAUGCCUUAAAUGUAAAUGUAAUGUUCUCUGUCCCAGGCGGCAAACAUCAGAACCGGUCAGUGAGCAUAUAGAUAGACGGCGGACACUUCAAGUAAAUUUCCCUCAUUUUAAACCUAAAAAUCUGGACACUUUGCCACAGUUGUAUCUAUUAUAAGACUCUGAAAUUACAAUCUGCAGUACUGUAUCUGACAGUGUCUGCUGCCAUACAUUCUAUUAGGGUUUGUGUGAUCAUUUGCAUGCAAUUUGGUCAAUAAAGCAUGUGAAUGGCAUGUAAAAAUAUAUUUUCCUAUUCUUACUUGUUCUGCAGUCAACGUAUAAGGUCUUGGUACAUUUGCAAACAGAUAAAGUUGAUAUUUUAUUGUUUAACUUUACUGAGUCUUACAUUUUAUUGAAAGUUUUGUUUUUAGGUGAAAAAAAGUGAUAAAAGUAAACGUUUGCUUUUUUAAAUAAAAAGAACUUUAAUAAAUAUCUAUAGAGACA